CAGCGCGACAAUUUCCGUUCUCUGAUAGGCGACGGACAUUUUGUAUUGGCAGUGUCGUGACGCAAAAUAAAACCGACCGCUAAAAUGCCACUAAACGCCCUUGGCUGGUCCACUGAAGAAGACGAGAAACUCGCUGAAUUAGUGCAACCACAUUCGUAUUUGUAUAAUUUGCAAGAUCCGUCGAGAAAGAACAUUUUGGCAAGGGAGUCAACAUGGCAAGAAAUAGCACAACAGUUAUCCAAACCAGUGGAGGAGUGCAAGAAACGAUGGCGGGGCCUCCGUGAUGGAUAUAUGAGAAGCAAACGUAUUGGAACGAUGCACAUAUCCAAAGUGGGCGUUUUUCAAAAACUACAGUUCCUUGACGAAAGUUCGGUCGAUGGUACUAAUGAAGUUGAGGUGGAAGAUCAGCCGAUGCAGGAAGACACUAUGUUAGCCACGGAGCAGCAGGUCAUCACAGACAAUCAGGAAUAUUAUGAGAUAACAGUUGUUGAUGGACCUCCUGAGCAAGCAUUAAAACCUUUCAUUAAACUAGUCCCAAAAAGGGAAGUAAAAGAAGAUUUACCAAAGAAAAUUGGCAAAAAGAAGGCUGGAAGAAAAAAGGCAGUACCAUUGCCUCGGAACAUACCUCCAAUCAAAAUACUGCCAAAGCCUAUAUUGCUGAAUGAACCAAAGAUACUUCAGUAUGUGGAAGAUCAUAAACAACCUGAGCAGAGAUCUCAGACCAUAGACAAGCUCAUAGAGAAAAUCCUGAAGGAGAACACAAACGAAAUAGACGUCUUCUUCCGAAGCAUGGCUGCUAGCGUGAAGAAAUUGCAACCAAAUUUGAUACCAAAAGUCAAGAUGGAAGUGUGCAAUGUCAUUGCUAAAUAUGAAAUGCAAAGUAUUGAUAAGAACAACUUAAAAAUUUUAAGUGGAAACAAAAAUCUAAAUGGCAUGAUCUAGAAAAUAGUUCAUUAUUUUGGUGCUAUCGAAUGAUGCGAAUCGUCGCAGGGCUUUUGGGCGCACGUGCCAAAGUCGAGUCAGUGUUGUUACGUCAGGAUCGUAAUUUAAUGUGGAUACAGUAUUUUCAAUAAAUCAGCUUCAACAAAUAUCUAUUAUAAAAAGGAAUAUAUAGUUCUAUAUUUUACGUUUAGGAUUUUUCUUCUUUAUUUGUCGUGAAAAGAGAUUCAUAUAUUUUAGCUUAAAACGCAAGUUGAGAAAUAAAAAACACUACUGUAAAAUGAACUCAAAAGCACAUAUACAAAGUCAUUUAAAUAAUGUUGAAUUUUAUACUGUUUUAAAUGAAACCUCUGUUAUAAAUAUAUGUAGGAGUUUAGCCUACAACGUUUAUUUAUAAACUUUUAAUAAUUCAAAACUCACUAUAAGAGUUUAUAAAUAAGGGGAAAUGUAAAUAUGUUAGUUGUUUUAUAAUCACACAACACAUAGUGCCUAGUUGGAGACAGUUGAGAGUAAAAAAUAGCAAUAUUUGUACCAUUUACUAAAAUAAAUACGCUUGCAAUUAUAAACUCACAACCAUAUUCAUAAACGUUAUUUAUCUAAAGAGCAUUGCUGUGAUAACAAGUCUGUUUCUCAGCUUUGUUUAUCUAACAGCUUGCUGUUUGUUCAGCUUUGUUUAUCUGACAGCCAACUUAAGUUGUAUCUCAAUAUUAGCCAAUCAUAACGGCGCCAUGUCUACGCACUGCGAAGACUGCCAUGCCUUCGGCACUGAGAAACAGAUUUGUUAUCACAGCAAUGCUCUGUCCUUAGAUAAAUAACGUUUUUGAAUACGGGCGUUAAUAUUUAAUCAAUCGGGGUUUGGUCCCUUAUGCUUGGACCAGGAGAAUAUUCUAAAUGAGUGGAAAUAGUAUUAGUUUCAAGUGUCAUAGCUUUACUUAUUGAAGUUUCCAAUAUGCCUUUUGAUACUAGUUAAAAGAUGUUGUGUUUCGUUUGCGAAAUACUAUCUAAAUAAGCUAAGUACGGAGAAUAAUGAUUAUCUCUAUACUGCCAUUAUAUUGUGUGAUAUUUUUCAGAAUACCACUGAUAUUUAAAGUUUGACUUACAUGUUAUAUUGACAGAAAUGUUUUAAAACCUCACCAGGAAAAUAAAAAACCGGCCAUGUUUUAAAACAUAAAAAAAAAAAACGGUUUAAAACGAAAAGCCAAAUGUAGCGCCAUGAAAACGGGUUUUUAUUAACCUGGUCAGGUUAUAAAUACUUGACAGUCCAAUCAAUGUUUUUGUACUUUUAAUAGAUAUUUGAAUGUAAUAUUCCAACAGCGCCUUAUCGCAGAUUAUGAAUAUUUCAAGCGAAUUAAAAUUCAACAAAGCAAUACUUUAAUAAUAUAGUUCCAAUAUUAUUGUCUUUCAUAACAUAUUUUGUGUUUCUAGUCUCGAAAUUGUCAUUGUAAUUAUUCUUAAAGUAAUGUACUUCGUGGAUAUGACAUUUAUUCUAGACUUUAGAUUGUUGAUCAUGUUUUUGAUUUAGGUAUCUAUUGUCUAAUAUAAUUAUAGUGUUUCCCCUUUAAUCUUUUUCUCUAUUACCUAAUAUAGCAUACCAGUUAUAUGUGCUAAAUUAAGAAUAUUAAUAUGAUCUUGAUUAGGAUUAAAAAACAAAUUCUACCAACACCAAUACGCAGAACAAAUAUGUCAUAUUCAUUUAUAUUGUAUUCAGACGUAAUGUUAUAUUUAUACAUUUACAUAUUGUGAGGUAAUUUAAUAUAUUUAUUAAAGUUAAAAUACUGA